CCGCGUUGUUCUAUGAGGUUCUAUUAUCUUCAAAAUUUUAUACUUGUUACGUGACUCGUAAUAUAUUCAUCGGUGUCCCUGGUGGCGAUUUUUUACAGAAUGACUUAAACAUAGAAUACUUCCAAAUUUUUCUCACUAGCUACUUGUUUCACAGCUAUAUAUUUUAAUAGUCAUCUGAUUAAUCAACGCUCUGCAAUCAAACUGCAAUAAAAGUCUAAUCAAACUACAGCGCCCAAAAAGUCAUUAAAACCCAAUCAGUAUUGAGAAAAUCACUUGCAGCAGCGUUUGAUUUAGUAAAUUUUUUGUAAUGAGGAUUAAAGUAGUGUUGAUUAUAAUACUGAUGAGCUACGUGGCCGAGGGCGACGCCGGGGCGGGCGGCGCGCUGGAGGGCAAGGUCGUGGGCGGCAGCAACUCCAGCAUCACGGAGUUCCCGCACGCGGUGUUCCUCCGCAUCCAGUGUCACACCCUAUAUUCCUUAAUCUUUGGAAUACCUUUCUCGAACGCGUGCGGCGGCAGCGUGCUCAACCAGCGCAUCGUCCUGACGGCGGCGCACUGCUUCGAGGAGUGCCGGCCUCCGCCCCGCGUGGUGGCCUACACCGGCAGCGCGGUGCCGCGCGAGGAGGAGGCCACGAUGGCGGCGGCGUCGGUGGUGCACCCGCUCUACGACCCCCACUCCGUCUCCAACGACAUCGCGCUGGUGGCGCUGAACCGGGACCUGCGCCUGCGGGAGAGCGUCGCGCGGGUCAGCAUCAGCCCGACUCCGCCCCAAUACACGCAACUCGCUACUGUGUCCGGCUGGGGGCUCAUUGACGUACGUCAUAUUGUCAAACUAUAUUAUAGGCUAACAUACAUAAUGGAGGAGAUUAAUAACAUAGGCACUGACCGGCUGCAACACCUGAAGUACAUGCGGCUGAUGUCGCGCCGCGAGUGUGCGCGCAAGCUGCGCAAGGCGCUGCCGCCGCGGACGCUCUGCGCCGGCGACCUCAACCAGAACCAAUACGUGUCUAUCGGCGACUCGGGCGGCGCGCUGAUGGUGGGCGCGGCGCAGAUCGGCGUGGUGUCCCACAAGCUGGCCGCCUCGCGCAGCCUCGUCAUCUACACCGACGUCUCCAGCUUCUUCACCUGGAUCCAGGACUCCGCGAACGCCAUGCACUGUCUCGAGAAAGAGAGAGAAGACGAGGAGAGAAAGGAGAGUAUGAUAAAAGCAAAAAUGGAAAGGAAGGCGAGGGAGCAAAGGCAGAUAAGAGAAGAGCUGAAAAAAAUACAAAAGGAAAUAAAACGAAGAGAAAGGAGUACAAAAAAGAAGAACUCGCAAAAAAGAAUUAAGAAAACUAAAAUAUAUGGAAUAUAA